CGUCUCUCCGUUACGUCCUUACGGUAGGAAGUACGUCCAGCAGCCAAUGAUGAGGGUGCUCUGUCUAGGUGACAGUGCCCGAUAUGCUGACAUCUGACAUUUAGGCAAGAAAUUAUGCACAUUGAGGUGGCUGAACACGCGAUGUGACUAAGGAUUGGAGUCAGAUAUGAGCAAAUUGCUCGUGCCAAGCUAGCUGUGAGCUUAGCCGUCACCAGCGCGCGCCGCUCAGCUGAUGAUCAGCAGCAGCAGCAGCAGCAGCAGCAGCACAGAUGAGGAGGCCCUGAAUGUCCGACUGGCGACGGUGUAGUGCAGACAUGGCCUCCCAGCUCCAGGUGUUCUCCUCUCCCUCGGUGUCCUCCAGUGCCUACUCUCGUUCAAAGAGGCUCAAAGUAGAGAACCCUGCCUGGGACGUGUCCAACCAGCUGGGGGACAAUGGUUACUACCAACAGAGCCCCACACAGGGUGCUGCACCCUCCACUUCAGCCUCCAACUUCAACCCGGUGUACAACUCCAACCAGGUGCACCCUCAGACAGCGGGUUCCAGGGAGCAGACGGUGGUACGGGCGGCAGACAGCACAGGUAGCCUUCGCGGACCUCCCUCGUCCUCUUCCUCUUCCUCCUCUUCCAGCCGUCGCGUCAAGGAUGCAGAGUCCUCCUCGCAGCCGUGCGACCUCUACCAUAAGCAGUACAGCUUAAAGCGGAAGAGCGAGGAGGUGGACAGCAGCGACAGCGUCCAGAUCCUGGAGGAGCUCUCAGCCCCUGUAGUCUCCAACCGCACAGGUGGUGGCGGAGGAACCACCACAGCUCAGUCGAUAGCACAUUCCACUUCUACCACGAAGAGCAGCAACUCCCACAGUGAGGGCGACUACCAGCUGGUGCAGCAUGAGAUUCUGUGCUCCAUGUCCAACAGUUAUGAAGUACUCGAGUUCCUGGGACGUGGGACUUUUGGCCAGGUGGCAAAAUGCUGGAAACGGGGCACAAAUGAGAUAGUGGCAAUUAAAAUACUGAAGAACCACCCCUCAUAUGCACGGCAAGGCCAAAUAGAAGUGAGUAUCCUUAGCAGGCUGAGCACAGAGAAUGCGGACGAGUUCAACUUUGUCCGCUCAUAUGAGUGUUUCCAGCACAAGAACCACACGUGCCUUGUGUUUGAGAUGCUGGAGCAGAACCUUUAUGACUUCUUGAAGCACAGCAAGUUCAGCCCUCUGCUUCUGAAGUGUAUUCGGCCUAUUCUGCAGCAGGUGGCCACUGCGCUGAUGAAGCUGAAAAGCCUGGGUCUGAUCCACGCUGACCUGAAACCAGAAAACAUUAUGUUGGUUGACCCUUUAAGGCAGCCCUACAGAGUAAAAGUCAUUGACUUCGGUUCUGCUAGCCAUGUGUCCAAAGCUGUUUGCUCCACCUAUCUGCAGUCACGCUAUUACAGAGCUCCAGAGAUCAUUCUAGGCCUUCCUUUCUGUGAAGCCAUUGACAUGUGGUCUUUGGGAUGUGUUAUUGCUGAACUGUUCUUGGGAUGGCCGCUCUAUCCUGGUGCCUCAGAAUAUGAUCAGAUUCGUUACAUUUCCCAGACCCAGGGUCUUCCUGCAGAGUAUCUGCUGAGUGCAGGGACAAAGACCAGCCGCUUUUUCAACAGAGGCCCCGACUCCAGCUACCCCCUCUGGAGACUUAAAACACCGGCAGAGCACGAAGCAGAAAUGGGGAUUAAGUCAAAGGAGGCACGAAAAUACAUUUUUAACUGUCUAGACGAUAUGAUGCAGGUGAACAUGACAAACCUGGAGGGCACUGACAUCUUGGCGGAAAAAGCUGACAGACGGGAGUUCAUAGACCUGCUGAAGAAGAUGCUGACACUAGAUGCAGAUAAACGGAUCACACCCAUGAAGACACUCAACCACCCCUUUGUUACCAUGACACACCUGCUGCACUUCCCUCACAGCUCACAUGUGAAGUCCUGCUUCCAAAAUAUGGACAUAUGCAAGCGUCGAUGCAGCGCCUUUGAAAAUGGAAAAAACAUGUUCGCUAGUAACAAUACACCAAGUGCAGCCACCAACCUCACUGUCACCUUCAGUAGCCAACUAAACCAGCACAAUCAGAUGGCUUCUACCGGGGGCCAGUCCCUGUCCCUAAGCAGUAACGUCCCAUUACUCAACUACCAGCCCGGCCUCUACCAGCAGGCGACUAUUAACAUCCCCGGGCUGACACAGCAGGGUGUGCCUCUGCAGACCAGACCCACCCAGCUCUGCACCCAGACCGAACCCUUCCAGCAAACUCUCAUCGUCUGCCCACCCACCAUCCAAGGUCUUCAAACAUCCAAUAAACCUUCUGGUUACCCUGUGAGGAUGGAUAACUCAGUGCCCUUAGUCCCUCAAAACCAGUCGUCCCAGCCUCUUCACAUUCAGCCGGGCAUGUUGGCACAGCAGGGCUGGCCAGCAGGCACACAGCAGAUCCUCAUCCCGUCCACAUGGCAGCAGAUGCCAGGCAUGGCCAUCCAUAAUCCUGGACAGGCUGUAGUACCUGACUCACCCAUGGGAGCCCCUAUAUCUGACAGUCAGCAGGCCCCCGGCUGGAGGGGUCGUCAUGGCAGCCAGUGUGACGGCGUCGGUCAGCAGGACUCUGGUGUCGGUCGUCACGCUGCCUCUCAAAGCCACAACUCAGGGGCCGCUCACAGCAGGUCCCAACAGGGCAAGAGGUCAAAGGCUCGACACGCUGAGAGCAGAGCCAGGCCUGUGUCGUCAGUGCAUUCGGCCGCCACUGUGGUCCACAACACGUCUACAGUCGCCGGUGACCAGUCUCAGCCGAUCGUCAUCUCUGACACACCGAGUCCUGCCGUCAGCAUCAUCACCAUCCACAGUGACUCAGAAGACGAGGACGACAGGAAGUACCCCGCCGCCUGCUCUGGUACAAGCCAGAGGACCAAUGUGAUCAGCUGUGUGACCGUACAUGACUCCCAUGACUCGGACUCAUCCACCAGCAGCCCCUUGAGCCCCAAAAGCACCUCACAACCCACCAAGUCUCUGGCCAUCGUCAUGCCCUCUGUGAAGAGUCAGCCUGGGGAGAGCACAACCCACAAAGCUCCGGCAGCUCCAGAUCAAGCUACAAGUGGCUCUGGAAAGUCCAAGAAGGGUUCAACGCAGCCGUCCAGUCGACUGGGAGAUUCCAGCACCGAUCGGCAUCAGCGAGCUGCAUCCAGCAGAUCUCAGCCCCUUAACCUGAGUCAGGUACAGCAGACUGUGAUGUCAUCAUCCCAUGACCAAACAGGAAGCAGCUCCCUGAAACGACAGCCCACGUACCCGCCUCCUGUCUCCUCCCACUCAUCCUACCGGCUUCACGAAAACACCAUUUUCAGCUCAACUCCCAACCUGUAUGCCUACCCGGCGUCUGCUGCCCUCGCCUCCGUGUCCCAAGCCGUCGACCAGAUGCAGGGGGGCUCAUCCCGCCACAGCAGGGCGAGCGGGGCGUACUCCUCCCUGGCGUUGCUCCAGAAGAACAGCGGCCUGGCCUUGGGGGGGUCUGCUCCGGGACAGUACGGAAACCACCACCACCACCAACAGCAGCAGCAGCAGCAGCCGCCGCAGCUGGGGGGGCAGCCUUUCCACCGCUCCAGUGCUACUUAUCAGCGAAAGCUUAACCAGUAUCCAUACCUGUAAAGACUGACGGCUGAGCGGGACAGAGGGUGGCGCUGUAGCUCUGCAUGAAGACCAAAACGGAGACCGAGACUAGAGAGGAGCACAAGUUCACACGACAGGGCUUGUUUUCAGCUUGGCUUUUACCUUCCCUUUGUUGUCUGCUUUGUUUUUAAGACUUUCUCUGAUUAUUUUAGAUAAAAUAAUCGCAGAAUGCAUUUCAAUUUUAAUCAUGAUCUGCUUUUCUUUUUUUUUUUUUUUUUUAGAAACUACAGACUUUUUUUUUGUGUUGCAUGUGUGAGUGCAGUCUGUGGGAGUUUGAUCUGUGCCACUGGUCGUUGUGUUGGCUUUCAACUCCAGCGCAUUAGACGUGAGGUUCAAGUGUAUACUGUCAUCUUUAAACACCAGAGUGCAUUUUUAUUUACAGGAGGAAAAAGUUUUUACAUUGUUCCACGGCACUAGGGGACAGAUCGAUCUGAAAAUUAUUUUACAACUUACAGACUGCACAGUUAAUUAAUUUUUGAUGUGUAAUGCCCCAAAUUUGGAUUUAUUUAACAAGUGUGUGCUGAUGAGAAACUGGAACUUGACUCUUUAGCACUGUUAUGCUGCUCUCUUAUUAUUAUAUUAUUAUUGUUGUUACUAUUAUUGUUAGAAUCAUGAAAUAAUUGUUUACAAGUUGCAUUAACAUGUACACAAUCGCCUUAGCGUACUUAUUUAGGCCAAUCUCUUUUUCUUACAUUAUAUCUAAAUGUCAGCACAUUGUAAAAGACUUAAGUUAGACUAAUAUAUUUCAUUUAUGAAUGUAUUAAGUGUGUGUGUUUUGUGUACUAUAAAAACUAAGAGAAAGUAUGUUUAUGUAAUGUACUGUGUAAUGAUGUGUCACUGUGUUCUGAAAAGUCUUCAGAUGUUUUCCAAGUUUGUUCUGUUUUAUUACUGAUCGUUUAUGUAAUUAUAUUUAUACGUUUAGUAUGUUGAAUGAUGCAGUACAUUUAAUUGUAGUGUAAGGUGAGAUAUCAGAAUGCAUUGUCAUUUUUUUUUUGGUUUGUUUUUUACAGUUUUAAAGUUAAGGUUGCAUGUGUCUGACAUGGAGUAGCAUUCAGGGGCAGUGUGUAAACUGCAGCUCCACUGUAUUUUCAGUGUUGCAGAAGGACACUGCAGUGUUAUGUGUAAUUUGUACGACAAAGACUUUAAUGAUAUUGGGAAAAUUUUCAAAGCUCCUGUUUUGUGAAGUGAUGUCUGUGAAGUAAAGUGCACAUUAAAUCCGAUUGGGUAUCACACGGUCAUGUAAAAGUAAAGCCAUUUAGAUGACAACUGUAAAAUUCACAGUAAUGCAUUUGAAUUCACUUUCUGAAUAAUCUAAUCUGAGAAAUAUAAUUUAGAAAAAUAUUAAUUGAUGUUUAGUAUUUAACUGCUUCUAAACAAAUCAUUGGUUUAGUGAAAUGAUGGAUGUUCUUACAAUCCUGCUGUGUUGUGAAGUGCUACAUGACAUAGAACACACAAUGAACCUUAACCCGUAUAUACAAUAAAAUCUUAAAACAGGA